CGCUGUACGUGCCAGAUGGUGUCACCUGGAGCUUAAAAAGCUGCACGCAAGUAUUAAAUUUCUGACAAUGGCCAAGAACAAAUUAAGAGGGCCGAAGUCCAGGAAUGUAUUUCACAUAGCCAGCCAAAAAAACUUUAAGGCUAAAAACAAAGCAAAACCAGUUACCACUAAUCUUAAGAAGAUAAACAUUAUGAAUGAGGAAAAAGUUAACAGAGUAAAUAAAGCUUUUGUAAAUGUACAAAAGGAACUUGCACAUUUCUCAAAAAGCACUUCACUUGAACCUCUACAGAAAGAACUGAUUCCUCAGCAGCGUCAUGAAAGCAAACCAGUUAAUGUUGAUGAAGCUACAAGAUUAAUGGCUCUGUUGUAAUAUAGUGGUGAUGCAUCUAAUUCUCCACAAAGACCAAUAAAUUAAAUGUUUUAUACAAAAAAAAAAAAA